CUCCCCCACUCCUCCACUCUUGCUCCUAGCAACCACUGGUGAUCCUCGAAUCAUGAUGUCGAGGAACAUCGCGAGAGUUUCUUAUCGCUGUGUCACUGUUAAGAGUGGAUUAGGCGAUAGGAUAAGGAUGUGCGAUGCUGGAGGACUCGGGGGAUUAAAGAUAUCUUCUCGAUCAUCCUCCUCGGUUCUGUCCUCUUCUCGACGACUGGGAGGAAGGAUUUGAUCAAAAUCGAUGCCCUGAUUGAUUUUUUGUUUGGUGUACAAUAUGUCCGGAUAUAUACCUGCGAAGCUAAAGAUCAUGAGGGAAGAGGACAGCAAGUUGAAUGUCAUCGUCGUUGGAGCAGGCCUCGGCGGCCUUGGAGCCGCAAUUUCCAUCCUCCUCGCUGGUCACGAUGUUCUCGUACUCGAGUCUGCAUCGGAAAUUGCUGAAGUGGGAGCAGGAAUCCAGAUACUCCCAAAUAGCAGCCGUGUCCUACAAUCAUGGGGAAUGCGUGCCGCCCUCUCACUUCACGCUACAAGACCCAAGCAAGUAAAUAUGCGUGGCUGGAGAGGGAACCUCAUCAGCUCCAUGAACUUCCAAGAUUCUGCCUCUAAUUAUCCUGGCACUUUUUACUGGGAUUUCCACCGUGCGAGUCUUCACCAGUGUUUGCUCGAUCGAGCGAUCGAGCUUGGUGCUGCCGUUCAGUGUAACUCGCGGGUUGUGGAUGUGCGGAUCUGUAGGGAUGGGGAAAGGGCGUGGGUGGUAUUGGAGCCUGGGAGAGAGAUCGAGGCCGAUUUGGUGGUAGGUGCGGAUGGGAUUAACAGUAAGUUGAGGGAAGUCAUGCUGCGAAGGGAGGAUCCUGCGAUUCCGACCGGCGAUCUAGCAUACCGACUGCUCUUAUCCACAUCAGAAAUGAUGAAGGAUCCCGAGCUGGCUUCUCUUGUUACUGACCCGCAAGUCAAUUAUUGGCUUGGGCCGGAUAUGCAUGCAGUGAACUAUGUGUUGAAGGGAGGGAAAUUGUUUAAUAUGGUUUUGUUGGUGCCGGAUGAUACCGGAGCAUCAACGCUUGAAGGUAAUGUGGAAGAGAUGCGAGCACUGUUUAAAGAUUGGGAUCCAAGAAUACCAAAGCUUUUGAGUAUGUGUGAGUCGGUUUACAAAUGGCGUCUUUGCAUUCGUCCUGGAAUGGACAGCUGGAGCCACGCUUCUGGAGCCUUCACGUUACUGGGAGACGCGGUGCAUGCAACGUUACCAUAUUUAGCUUCAGGGGCAGGAAUGUCCCUCGAAGACGGCGCCGUGCUAGGUGAAUGUCUCUCACGGAUAACCUCCAAAGUUUCAGCAGAAAAGCAGAUGGCCUUGCGUGUCUACGAACAUUGCCGGAAGGGGCGCACAGAGAUGGUUGUGCAGCGUGGGAAUUUGCAGCAGUAUCUUUAUCAUCUUCAUGAUGGCCCGGAGCAAGAAGAUAGAGAUCGAAGAAUGAGAAUGGUCCCGACACCUCCUCGGGAAGCUUUGGCUUGGAGAGAUCCUGAACUGGCUCCUAAGCUACUUGGUUACGAUCACCUUAAAGAUGACAAUCACACCUUCUUGCACAACAGCCCACCUGGUGCUGCUGAGAUGCUUAGCCAUUAUUCGGGGCAAAUCUCCCAUCCGGUAUUUGCUGGCAACCUUGCCUAG